UAAAAACCACGCACAGGUACCCGUCACAUUCGUGAGAAUACGGCAGUUAAUAUUUUAAGGAGACUUAAUAUGGUUAAAUCUAAAAUAAUGCGUGGAUCUGCACAACAUAUAUGCUGGAUCAAUCUAUGGAUUUACGGCUGCUUUUUAGGUAAACAUACAACAUAUGCGGCGAAUGAAGAUUUCGAGCUGACUCCACAAGAUGGCUGGUUCAAUAAUCUUAUACAUCCAGACUGGGGUGCCAUUGAUGGUCAGUUAUUACGGAAGAGUAAAGUGGCGUACAGUGACGGUGUUUACAUGCCAUCAGGAAAGGACAGACCAAACCCUUUCGAAAUAAGCUAUGCAGGACAUCAUGGACCACCGGGACUUGGCUCCAUGAGAAAUAGGAGUGCAUUUAUGGUGUUCUUCGGCCAGCAGGUUGUAGAAGAGAUUCUUGAUGCACAAAGACCCGGGUGUCCGAGAGAAUUUUUCAACAUUCAUUUCCCGCCAGACAAUAAUAGAAAGCCGAACUAUGACCCCGAUGGUAAAGGAAAUAUAGAGUUGCCGGUAUUUCGCUCACGGUAUGAUCAACGGACUGGAUACUCACCAAACAAUCCAAGACAGCAGCUUAAUGAAAUAACCCCAUUUAUCGACGGGACUUUGAUGUAUGGCGUGGGUAAGGCAUGGACGGACGCCAUUCGAGAGCUGAGUGAGGAGAAGCCGGGCAGACUGAAGGCACAGGAUCCCAGUAGUCCUAUUUCACAAAGUUUUCCGGCUGAUAAUGACAUCAAGCUUCCCAUGGCGAAUCCGGCCCCACCUAGGGAACAUGAACUCAAACCUGUUGCGAGAUUUUGGCGUCUUGGCAAUCCGAGGGGGAACGAAAAUCCGUUUCUUCUAGCAUUCGGAGUACUUUGGUUCCGAUACCAUAACUAUGUGGCUGACCAGAUACAUAAGCAACAUGGAGGCUUAAAUGACGAACAAGUUUUCAACAUCGCCAGGAAAAAAGUCAUUGCAGUACAUCAGAAAAUCGUGAUGUAUGACUGGUUACCAAACUGGCUCAGACUGGAGAAGGAUGGAACACCAUUCAAAAUGCCAGCUUAUGAUAAACCUGAUGAAAGGGAAAUACUCGAAGAAAAAGAUUUUUUCUUUACAGACCCUUACAAAGGCUACGAUCCAAAUGUUCAUCCGGGUAUUUCGCAAGAGUUUCAGGCGGCGGCGUUCAGGUUUGGGCACACGCUUGUCACACCGGGUACAUGGAUAAGGGAUAAACAAUGCAACUUUAAACUUUUGCCAAUCAAAAUCCCGGGAGGCAGUGGUAACAGCCAUGCUGUUCGUUUAUGCAAUGCUUAUUGGAAUCCACAGGAAUUUCUGAACUCUUCCCCGGAAGCCUUUGAGAACAUGUUAAUGGGUCUAGCAACCACUAGAGUAGAGAGAGAAGAUCAUAUCGUUGUCCCGGAUUUAAGAGAGCAUCUUUUCGGCCCCCUUGAGUUUUCCCGCCGAGAUCUUGUUGCUAUAAAUAUCCAGAGAGCACGUGACCAUGGACUUCCGGACUACAAUUCUGUGAGGGAAGCAUAUGGCUUGGAACGCAAGGCAUCAUGGGAAGACAUUAAUACUUAUGUUGUAGAUUCUACAGAUUUUCCAGACAAUGAAUCCGAAAGCUUAUACAACUACACAAACAAUUACUAUAUGCAAGAGCCAAUUCAAAGAGUAAAACUGUUGUACGGCAACACGUCUGCUCCGGAUAACUUAGAUUUAUUCAGCGGCGGUAUCCUGGAAACAACUCCCGACGGCCCCGGCGAAUUAUUCCGUACAAUCAUUCUGGACCAGUUUCUUCGUAUACGACACGGGGACAGAUUCUGGUUUGAAAACAGAGACAAUGGGUUAUUUGAUAAUGCAACCAUCGAUGAAAUUUGGAACACAACAAUUCUUGACAUUGUUUUGGCAAUUACUAACAUCAGUGCCAACGAUAUCAAUGCAAAUCCGUUUUUUAUCAACGGUUCAUCCGAUCAGUGUUUCCAACCAGAACAGUUACGAGCAGACACCUCGGAUCAGCUUGAUGGGGUUCCAGUCUUGGAGAAAUGCACACCAUUGCAACAUUAUGACUAUUUCUCUGGUAGUGAGGCGUCUUUCGCCUUGUCUUUCCUUGCACUCGGGUUGUGCAUACCAGGAACGAUUGGCAUUAUGAUACUGAUGGCUAAGAUGAAAGAAAGGAAGUUAAUGGCUGCUCGAAGACAACAGGCUCCGCGCCGGAAAGACGAAGACCCAAAUACUUAUCUAGCUGUUGAGUGGGUUGGCUUUAAAGAUGGCGAGCGAAACAUUAAGGUAAAGUUUGACAAAGAUCGGAAGAAGAUUCACGUGACAGAUAGAGGAAAAAGACCACUGCGCAUGAUCGAUUUACGCUUCACGGAUAAAGUCAACUUCCGGUUAUCAGAAGACAAAGGGUGUACUGUAAUAUCAGUUCGAGUUCCUGGAGAAAUUGACUUGGUAUUGAGGUUCGCUGACCAAGUAGCCAGAAGCGAAUUUGUAACGGCACUGGAGACGUUUCUAAGAGAGAUGCAUGUAGAGAGACAAACCCUUAAUUUCAAGGAAAUUAUGAUUCUGAAAGAUGCCACGACCAAAGAAAUAAGGAAGAAAUUGCUGGAUCAGUUCAUCAGGGUUGUUUGCCUCCAGGCUUACAAAAGAGAAGAUGCCGAAACGCCGAACUUCGACGCUGAUACGGCAAACUCUGUUUCCAAAAUCCAGCUCACCAGAACUGAAUUUGCUGACGCCCUAGGGCUCAAACCUACCUCCAUGUUUGUACGGAACAUGUUUCUGAUGGUAGACAAAGACAGGAAUGGUUUUGUCAGCUUUCAGGAAUUUAUGGAAGUUUUCACAAUACUUGCAAAAGGUGGUGCUGGUGACAAAGCUGAAAUGUUAUUCCACAUGCACGAUCUUAGAGGGAAAGGGGAACUUACGCAGGAAGGUUUCACGAAAAUGAUCAAGUCGAUGUUAGAUCUCUCUGACUCGAGCCUUGACUCAUCAGAUGUUGCAACACUAGUAUCUACCCUAUACCAACAAGCAGGGCUCAGAUCCGGGCAGAAUAUGACAUUAGCUGCAUUCAAGAAGAUAUUUGCAUCCGAAGAGUACGAACAAACUUUGGAAAACGCAACACUUCAGCUACAAGGAGCAAAGACGCAAUGGCAAGGGAAACAAUCCAUAACAGAAUCAUUCAGCAUCAGAAGAAAGACGUUUAUCCAGUCGUACGAACAAGAUGCUACUGCAAAUGGCCACGCCACACUGGACCGUCGACAUUCAAAAAUUCGAGUACAGACUAAGACAAAAGACUUACCGAUGACAGGCUGGCAGAAGCGGCUCUAUAGCUUCAAUAAAUACGUGGAAAAUUACAAACGACAGAUCUUUUGGGUCACCCUGUACAUCUUCAUUUCCAUUGGCAUUUUUGUGGAGAGGGCAUACUAUUAUUCUUUUGAACGAGAGCACGUGGGAUUGCGACGCAUCGCCGGAUAUGGCGUCACCGUGACACGUGGAGCGGCAAGCGGAAUGAUGUGGACUUACUCGUGUCUGUUGAUCACAAUGAGCCGAAACACGAUCACAUUCCUUAGAGAGACGUUUCUACACCGGUUUAUUCCAUUUGACAGUUUACACGCAAUGCAUAAAUUUGUUGCUGCUUUAGCAUUGGUGUUUACAGUAACACACUGUGUUGGACAUGGUAUUAACUUGUACCAUAUAAGUACUUGGCCUUCAAACGACCUCAACUGUGUGUUUAGGGAAUACUUCAGAUCGACUGAUAAACUAGCAUCGUUCCACUACUGGGCAUGGACAACAAUAACAGGCAUUACCGGAAUAGUACUGACAGUUAUUGUGAUAGUAAUGUACGUGUUCGCCAUGCCGUACGCAAGAAGACAUUUAUUCAGCGCAUUCUGGUUUACUCACAGUUUCUACAUCUUCCUGUAUAUUUUCCUGAUAUUGCACGGGUCAGGAAGACUCGUGCAGGCUCCACUGACACAGAACUAUCUUAUUGGUCCACUAGUGAUUUACGUCUUUGACAAGCUGAUCAGCUUCAGCAGGAAAAAGGUGGAAAUUUCCGUCCAAAAAGCAGAACUUUUACCCUCAGACGUACUUGGUUUAACAUUUAAACGACCACUUAACUUCGAGUACAAGUCUGGCCAGUGGGUCCGCAUUGCCUGCAUAGAGCUUGGCGAAGGGGAGUAUCACCCAUUCACCUUGACCUCGGCUCCUCACGAAGAACACCUUAGUCUACACAUUCGGGCAGUCGGACCAUGGACCAUGAACAUGCGAAAGACUUACGAUAUUAACAACAGAGAUGGAAAGCCGUUUCCUAAGCUUUACUUAGAUGGACCAUUCGGUGAAGGUCACCAAGACUGGUACAGAUACAAGGUGGCUGUUCUGGUUGGGGGAGGUAUUGGUGUCACACCAUUCGCCUCAAUUCUCAAGGACAUCGUGUUCAAAUCCAAAACAGAAAACGUGAGAUUUCCCUGCGAGAAAGUCUACUUCAUCUGGGUGACUAGGACACAGAAACAGUUUGAAUGGCUGACAGAUAUAAUUCGUGAGGUUGAAGAGAACGACCAUCAUCGGUUAGUGAAUGUUCACAUCUUCAUAACACAGUUUCAACAGAAGUUUGAUCUACGCACAACAAUGCUGUAUAUAUGCGAGAGAAAUUUCCAAAAGGUGUGCGGUAAAAGUUUGUUCACAGGUCUGAGAGCGACGACCCAUUUUGGGCGCCCUCAGUUCGAGGAAUUCUUCAAAUCUCUUCACCAUGAACACCCUUCCGUGAAACAAGUGGGCGUGUUUAGCUGUGGCCCUCCGCCAAUGACAUUAAAUGUUGACCGCGCAUGCUCAGCAAUGAACAAAUACGAUGACUUUCCAACAUAUUCUCACCACUUUGAAAACUUUUAAAGCUUUGUUUUGUAUAGUGAAUUUAUGACAAUAAUUGCGUAACUGCAGACUGCAAAUCCUAUUUUCGUCGGCAUAGCCGCUGUACAAGACUUUAGCUUCCCUCUUUACAUCAUGUUAAACCGCCGACCUUCAGAAUGUGACUUUCUGCAUUAAUAUCCAAAUCAGGAAGUGACCUGGAGACUUAAGGUCUCUUCGAAUCAAAUUCAAAAUUACAGACAACUUUGUAGAUUCUAAACUGAGUUUGCAUCUAAGGUGUCAAAGUCGAAGGCUACGUAUGUAUUUUUGGAUACUCAUUUGUGCCAUCUCCGUUGAAGUCUGACUCUCAACGCAUGAAAACAGUCGCACAUUGGAGAUUACCAUUUAAGAGUGAAAUUCAUAUGUACUAAAGAAAAUUGUAAAUUAUUUUACUAUUGCUAAUUAUGUAGAUGCCACACCAUUGCAAUUUAAGACUGUAAAUUAUCAAUUACUAGUAUGCACGACUUUUGCAUAACGACAAACACACAUAUACGAGUGUUAUAUUUAUGUGUUCGCAUUAGAAUACCGCCAUAUACAAAUUUAAUUCCGUGUUCGCAUAGAAACAACGUCAUAUACGACUGUGUUCCCAUCGAUUCACAAUUAUACAUGACUGGUAUGUUGAUAAUUUAUAGACUUGAAAUACAUAAUAUACAGGCUAAAGUUGAAGAAGACGAGAGACAACCUAUAUUUGUAGGUUCAUCUCGGUAUUAGAAAUUUUAGUCAUACAACUCCCGUGAAUCAAUUUCGUUUUCAAAUGCACGUAGUGUAAAACCUCUAUGAUUUUUUAUCUGUUCUUAUGUCCCCGCCGUUAGAAAUUGGGGUAAAAAAGUGUUACCCUAUCAGUAAAUCUGUGCAUCUGUCCGUCUGUCCGUCUAUGUCCGGCCUAGAAGUUUGUCAUAUUUGGUCGGAUUUCUAAGUAAGUUGAAACAAAUGACCACCAUUAAAACAGGUAUCACGUGCUAGCCCCCUUCCCCUAACUCAACCUUGAGGUAAUUUUUAUCCGGUCUUUUACUCUUUUUAUUCACGAACAGCUAUUCAAAUAACUAGGUACAAACAUUAAAAAUAACUGGAAGCAUUUUCAGAUUUGGGGCACACAUGGUGACAGGUCACUGCUAAAACUGACUCGCUGUCAGAAAAUUGCUAAGAUAAUUACCAUAACCGGUCAAAUUAUUGGGGGGCCCGUUCCCCUGUUCCUACGGCCCUGCGUCAAGGAUUUGUAUAAUCUAUAAAAAUUCAACACAUUUAUAUUAAAAUAAUCUUGCACACACAUUUAUCAUAAUUAUUCUCAGUUACUUAUUCCCACAGCUCAAAUGUCAAGGUCACCCUUAAAUGUCAAAUAUGUUUGCAUCAUUUGAAAUACAAAUGAAAACAACUUUAAACCUUACAAAAUAAACCAUAUAUGAGCCGCGCCAUGAGAAAACCAACAUAGUGGCUUUGCGACCAGCAAUGAUCCAGGAUCCUUACUGUUCGCUUUCAAAGUCUAUUGCAAUUAGAGAAACUUUUAGCGAACAGCAUGGAUCCUGACCAGACUGCGCGGAUGCGCAGGCUGGUCUGGAUCCAUGCUGGUCGCAAAGCCACUAUGUUGGUUUUCUAAUGGCGCGGCUCAUAUUUCUUCACCAGUAUGUUUUUUACGAAACACAGCAGAAAUUGAACCCAUCAGUACAUAACUACUGGAGAUACAUUUAAAAGGUAGCCCACAAUUAGUGCCUGCUCUUAAAGAAAAUGCAUGGGAAAGGAUUAAUGAAUGAAGCUAAAACCAUUUUGCACAACACAUUUGCAUAUUUGUUGUAAUUUUGUUUAUCUGUUUGUAUAUAUAUAUAUAGCCAAUAAAAUAUGAUUAAAUCAAAGAAAAUAAAAAAUGACUAUGACA